AUGGACAAAAAUGAGGGUAGUGUCAAGAAGAGAGAUAAGGGUAGUGUCAUAAAGAGAGAUGAGAGUAGUGUCAAGAAGAAAGAUGAGGGUAGUGUCAUAAAGAGAGAUGAGAGUAGUGUCAUAAAGAGAGAUGAGGGUAGUGUCAAGAAGAGAGAUGAGAGUAGUGUCAUAAAGAGAGAUGAGGGUAGUGUCAAGAAGAGAGAUGAGGGUAGUGUCAUAAAGAGAGAUGAGGGUAGUGUCAUAAAGAGAGAUGAGAGUAGUGUCAUAAAGAGAGAUGAGAGUAGUGUCAAGAAGAGAGAUGAGGGUAGUGUCAUAAAGAGAGAUGAGGGUAGUGUCAAGAAGAGAGAUGAGGGUAGUGUCAUAAAGAGAGAUGAGAGUAGUGUCAUAAAGAGAGAUGAGGGUAGUGUCAAGAAGAGAGAUGAGGGUAGUGUCAUAAAGAGAGAUGAGGGUAGUGUCAAGAAGAGAGAUGAGGGUAGUGUCAUAAAGAGAGAUGAGAGUAGUGUCAUAAAGAGAGAUGAGGGUAGUGUCAAGAAGAGAGAUGAGGGGAGUGUCAUAAAGAGAGAUGAGAGUAGUGUCAAGAAGAGAGAUGAGGGGAGUGUCAUAAAGAGAGAUGAGGGUAGUGUCAAGAAGAGAGAUGAGGGUAGUGUCAUAAAGAGAGAUGAGGGGAGUGUCAUAAAGAGAGAUGAGAGUAGUGUCAAGAAGAGAGAUGAGGGUAGUGUCAAGAAGAGAGAUGAGGGGAGUGUCAAGAAGAGAGAUGAGGGGAGUGUCAAGGACAAGAAAGGGGACAAAGACAAGAAGGGUGUUGAGGACAAGACAGGGGACAAGGACAAGAAAGGGGAGAAGGACAAGAAGGGAGAUAAGGACAAGACAGGGGACAAGGACAAGAAAGAUGUUAAGGACAAGACAGGGGACAAGGAAAAGAAGGAUGUUAAGGACAAGAAGGAUGUUGAGAACAAGAAAGAAAACAAGGACAAGAAGGGUGUUGGGGACAAGGACAAGAAGGGAGGUGAUGACAAAAAAGGAGACAAAGACAAAAAGGAGAGCAAGGACACAAAAGAAGUUUCUAUGGGAAAAAGUGAUGAAGUAAAGGUGGACAAGGGCAUAGCGCAAAGUGGAGGUGCUGGGGAGAAAAAGGAAAAUAAAUAA